AGUAGCUGGGAUUACAGGCAUGCACCACCAUGCCCAGCUAAUUUUGUAUGUUUAGUAGAAACGGAGUUUCUCCAUGUUGGUCAGGCUGGUCUCAAACUCCUGACCUCAGGUGAUCUGCCCACCUUGGCCUCCCAAAGUGCUGGGAUUUACAAGUGUGAGCCACCGCACCCAGCCUAUUGUGCAUUUUCUAAUCUCUUGGGCAUGAGAAAGGAGACAUGACUCUUGCUUUGGGGCGGUCCCUGCUCUAUGGAGGACAGGCACACUCAGUGUCUUGUGUGUGUGCACCAACAAGGUACGUUGUGUGCAAUCCAUUGUAUUGUGCAUUCUCACUCAUGUGCAAAGAGACUGAAUUGUUAAUGGGUCAGAUAAGAACUAGUAUUCUUCAAAGUAGACCUCUCUGGUCUGCUGGAAAUCAGCCCCAGCCUGAUUCCCAGGUUAUUGUGAGUGAUCCAAACAUGGAUGCCUCUUGAAAAUGACUUUCAGGGCCCAUGGUUUGUUUUUUCAAAUGUCUUUAAAAGUAGAUCAUCAUCAAGUUCUGCAGGUGGGUUUGAUUUUUGAAAGUCAAGAGUGUGCAUUGUGAAUAUGGGGGGGAUAUGGUGGAUUAUCCAUCUAGGUGGUGAUGUUUUGAGUCAAAAGGAUAAGACGUGACCAUGAUGUCAAGAUUUCUUUGUGUGGCUUUUAACCAAUCCUAGAGGCCAUUCUGAGGAGGUGUGCUCUAAGCACGUAAAGCCUUGCCUCAAUGUGGCUUCAUAAUAAAUAUGCAGCCCCCCAAAGAUGAUGACUUUGAAGAGCCACUCAUUUGAAUGUAUUUUAUUUAUUAACAAAUAAAUGAGUUUGUGCAAUAGUAUCAUCUAGAGCUUAGUUUCUGGAGUAAGACUGCCUUGAUCAAAUACCAGUUCUACCAUUUAUUAGCUGUGGAAUCUUGAGCAGGUUAUUGAGCCUCUCUGAGCCUUACUUUCCUCUUCUGUAAAAUGGGCAUGGUGGUAUCUACCUCAUAGUAUUAUGAGGAUUGAAUGAGAUCCAAUGAUAAAUGCUUAAUGAGAGUUGGGGUAAGUAUUAUUAGCUGACACAGACGUGUCCCAUUUUCCUUGGGUCACAUUGGGAAGGUGUCAGAUAACCCAGGAGAGGAGACUGUGCCAUAUGGCACACCCAUGUUCAGUGAAGGCUGCCGUAGUCGGUGGCUGAUACAAAGAGUCAUGUCGAUGGACUAAAUUUGUUACUCCUCAGCUGGGCAUUUUGGCCUCUACUUAACAUAAGCUAAGGACUGGCUACCAUGUUGCUUAUUGCCCAAGGGAAAAACCCAGGGAGGAGGAGGCAAAUUGAAACCCUGACCCUUGGCUUUGGUCCUGGGUGAAGAAUUUGCUGAGGACUCCAGCUAAGGCUGACCACUCAGCAUCUCCUGAUUGCAGGGAGGCAAGACAAAACAAUUUCCCUCACUUUCUUCUUUAUAAUUUGGUCUCCAGAGAUAAGUUUAAUUCAUGUUUGUGUCUCAGGUGGAGGCCUUCCCCUUGAGUGAGAUGGUGGUGGUGGAGGGUGGUGGACAUCACUGUGCUUUGCCAUCUUCCUUCACCCUGUGGCCCCAGGGCCUAGCCCAGGGCUGGGGGACAGGGCAGACACCAUUCCCAGACAUGUGUGCUGACCACACUCACUUUAGGAAGCGAAACAAACCAUUCAUCAGCUCAGCCACAGAGGCCCGGCCAAGCAGCCUCCAUUAGCUAGUGUCCUGGGAAUGACAGCUGUGGGCAUGUGAUCCUGCCGCCUUUUUGCUCAGCCCUCCAGCGAUGCCAGGGCCUUGGAUCGAGUCCGGAGUCCUUGGAAUGACUCUCAGUCCUUUAUGCCCUGGACCCUGCCUGCCUUUCCAAAGUCAGCUCUCAGAUCCUCUCUCCUUGCUGCCCCCUCCAACAAAACCAGACUCCUUCAGUAUUCCUGACUGCUUCUCCAUCUUUGAGGUUGCUGUUCCCUCUGCCUGAAAUGCUUUUCUUCCCCCUCCUGCUCCACCCUGGCUGUUUCCCAGCUGCCCAUGGUUGUCUGCGUUGACCUCACAGCCCCGGGUUCUUUCCUAUCACGGUAGCCCAAUCGUGGACUGUCUCCCCAGCUGGAGUGAGGGCAGGGGCAGGGACUGUUUCGCCCACAUUACGAGCUGUGUCCUGUGCAGAGUUCGGUAAAUGUUGAGUAAAUGUUGCUUCUGGGGAUCCCAGGACUGCCCCUGGACUGGAUUACUUCCUUCAGGGAGCUCUGCCUGGUGCUUAGUGGGGGCUGUAGAUGAGGCAGGCACGUGGGUGGGCGGGCAGUCGGACCCCUUUCCAAGGGACUGAUCAUCGUUACCUGUUGAUGAGGUGUGGGCUGGAGUUCUUGCUGAAAUGUGCCCGUGAAAUGCAUCUUCCUUCCUUGGCACACUGGGGCCUCCUGAGACCCUGGCUUUUGUGUUCCUGUCUUCCCCACUGCAUCAGCUUCCUUACUCAUGGUUGAGGCCUGAAGCAAAGCGGGUACUUUGUGCGGACCUGCACAGACCCAGGGAGGUGUCUCCAGACUUCAGGGGCCCUUCUGCUGGCCAGGCCACAGCUCCAGACUGCCCUCUUGGGAGCGGGCAAAGCAGACACACUUGGGCAGGGGUGGCAGGGAAAGUACAUGUAUGGCUCUUGGAACAGGUAAAUGUGUGCAAAUGCCCAUCCUCCAGUGGGAGGUAGAGCCCGAGGAGGCCCAUGCAGAGUCCAUGAGGGGUGGCUUCUUUCCCACAGACUGUGUGGGCACCAAAUGUUUCACAUUGUCCUAAGCGAGGGCCCAGCAAGAAAGCCUCCAGGGCCCAUCGCACCUCCCCAACAGGCCAUAGGCGAGGAGGUGGCUGCCCAGGGCCUUGGCUGUUGGUGCAGUCCUGGUGCAGCAUUGAGUGCAACAUCAGAUCCCUAAGGGACAGAGACCAGGGGCUCAGUGUAUCCAGGGGAUACCUGGGAACUGGUGGGUUUGAGUUGGGAGCCUUCUGUUUAAGAUGGAGGUGUGAUGAGGUGUUUUCAGUCUCUCUCAUGGGGUCUUUCUGGCAGGUCUAUAACUUGACCCAGGAGUUCUUCCGGCACGAUAAACCAGUCAAUGCUGAAAGUCAAAAUAGCGUGGGGGUGUUCACCCGAGAGGAGGUGCGUAACCGCAUCAGGAAUGACCCUGAUGACCCAGAGGCCACCAAGCGCCUGAAGCUCGCCAUGAUCCAGCAGUACCUGAAGGUGGAGAGCUGUGAGAGCAGCUCACACAGCAUGGACGAGGUGUCCCUGAGCGCCUUCGGGGAGUGGACCGAGAUCCCCGGUGCUCACCACAUCAUCCCCUCAGGCUUCAUGCGGGUUGUGGAGCUGCUGGCGGAGGGCAUCCCUGCCCACGUCAUCCAGCUAGGGAAACCUGUCCGCUGCAUUCACUGGGACCAGGCCUCAGCCCGCCCCAGAGGCCCUGAGAUUGAGCCCCGGGGUGAGGGCGACCACAAUCACGACACUGGGGAGGGUAGCCAAGGGGGAGAGGAGCCCCGGGGAGGCAGGUGGGAUGAGGAUGAGCAGUGGCCGGUGGUGGUGGAGUGCGAGGACUGUGAGCUGAUCCCGGCGGACCACGUGAUUGUGACCGUGUCGCUGGGCGUGCUGAAGAGGCAGUACACCAGUUUCUUCCGGCCAGGCCUGCCCACAGAGAAGGUGGCUGCCAUCCACCGCCUGGGCAUUGGCACCACUGACAAGAUCUUUCUGGAAUUCGAGGAGCCCUUCUGGGGCCCUGAGUGCAACAGCCUACAGUUUGUGUGGGAGGACGAGGCAGAGAGCCGCACCCUCACCUACCCACCCGAGCUCUGGUACCGCAAGAUUUGCGGCUUUGAUGUCCUCUACCCGCCUGAGCGCUACGGCCAUGUGCUGAGCGGCUGGAUCUGCGGGGAGGAGGCCCUCGUCAUGGAGAAGUGUGAUGACGAGGCAGUGGCCGAGAUCUGCACGGAGAUGCUGCGUCAGUUCACAGGGAACCCCAACAUUCCAAAACCUCGGCGAAUCCUGCGCUCGGCCUGGGGCAGCAACCCCUACUUCCGCGGCUCCUAUUCAUACACGCAGGUGGGCUCCAGCGGGGCAGAUGUGGAGAAGCUGGCCAAGCCCCUGCCAUACACGGAGAGCUCGAAGACAGCGCAUGGAAGCUCCACAAAGCAGCAGCCUGGUCACCUUUUCUCUUCCAAGUGCCCAGAACAGCCCCUGGAUGCUAACAGGGGCGCCGUAAAGCCCAUGCAGGUGCUGUUUUCUGGUGAGGCCACCCACCGCAAGUACUAUUCCACCACCCAUGGUGCUCUGCUCUCUGGCCAGCGCGAGGCUGCCCGCCUCAUCGAGAUGUACCGAGACCUCUUCCAGCAGGGGACCUGAGGGCUGUCCUCGCUGCUGAGAAGAGCCACUAACUUGUGACCUCCAGCCCGCCCCUUGCUGCCAUGUGCUCCUGCCUUCCUGAUCCUCCGUAGAAAGGAUUUUUAUCUUCUGUAGAGCUAGCUGCCCUGACUGCCUUCAGACCCGGCCCUGUAGCUUUUCUUUUUCUCCAGGUCGGGCCAUGAGCAGGUGGGCUGUUGAGUUACCUCUGUGCUGGAUCCUGCGCCCCCCUUGCCUACCCUCUGUCCCGCCUUGUUGUUGUAAGUGCCUUCAAUACUUUGCAUUUUGGGAUAAUAAAAGAGGCUCCCUCCCCUGCCCCUCAGCUUCUCUCUGGUUUUCUCA